AUGUCCGCAUUCUUUCCCCGUGCAGCUUCUCGGGCUCUGCGCUGCGCAGCCCGACCUACGCUGAGCUUCCAGCGCCCUAUUGCCCCACUACUUCGUCGUGGAAUUAAGCUUCCUGCUGAGCAACCACGGCUGCGAUUGGGCUCCGUAGGACUUACAGCGCCAAACUUCCAGGCGAAGACCACACAUGGCGACCUUGACUUCCACAAGUUCAUCGACGGCAAAUGGGUAGUCCUAUUCUCCCACCCGGCAGACUUCACCCCGGUCUGCACAACCGAACUUGGAGCAUUCGCAAAGCUGAAGCCUGAGUUCGAUGCUCGUGGUGUGCAAAUGAUUGGCCUGAGCGCCAACGACCUCACCUCGCACGACGAAUGGGUCAAGGACAUCAACGAAGUCGGCAACACCCAAGUCACCUUCCCCAUCAUUGCCGAUGCCGACCGCCACGUCGCCUUCCUGUACGACAUGAUCUCGCAGGACGACCUCGACAACCUCGCGAAGAACGGUGGUAUCGCGUUUACCAUUCGUUCAGUCUUCAUCAUCGACCCGGCUAAGAAGAUCCGCCUGACUAUGACCUAUCCAGCUUCGACGGGACGCAAUACGAGUGAGGUGCUGCGAGUCAUUGAUGGAUUGCAGCUCGCGGAUAAGAAGGGUAUUGCAACGCCGAUUAAUUGGAAUGCGGGGGAGGAUGUUAUUGUGCCGCCGAGUGUGAGCACUGAGGAUGCGAGGAAGAAGUUUGGGCAGGAUAAUGUGAGGGAGGUUAAGAAGUAUCUGAGGUAUACGAAUGUUGGGAAAUAGAUGGACGAUACAGGAAUGAUGUAGAGUAAGGAUAGACGGUGAUAUAGACAACAGUUCAAGAAC